AUCAACCAACCUUCAAAUAGUUUAAUAAAUAAAAAACUCACUGACCCUCCCUCCCAAAAAUAGGCUGCCGCAGCAGAUUGAAUUGAACCCAGAUCUCUGAUCUCUCUCUAUUUAUUCCAGACGGCCCACCUUCUCACCGGAAAACUUCCCCACUCUGGAAAUUCCCCUUUAAUUCCCCGCAAAAAUACCCCACAAGAAGGAGCUGGUGAUGGAUUCGGUCGGACGGGAAGUGGUCCUGAUCACCGGCUGCUCACAGGGAGGCAUCGGCCACGCCCUGGCUCGGGAGUUCGCCGCCAACGACUGCCGGGUCGUGGCCACCAGCCGGUCGAAGAGCACGAUGCGGGACCUGGAGCAGGACCCGAGAUUCUAUCUCCAGGAACUGGACGUCUCGUCGGCGGAAAGCGUCGAGCGGGUGGUUUCGGACGUCGUCGGGAAGUAUGGGAAAGUGGACAUUCUGGUCAACAACGCCGGCGUUCAGUGCGUCGGCCCUCUUGCUGAGAUCCCCCUCUCUGCUGUGCAGAGCACUUUCGACACCAACGUUUUCGUAAACAGAUAGAAGAAUGGGUUCCAUAAUCUCUCAAGUGCAAUGACAGGUGCAGCCUUGAUAUGCUUGUUUCCUCAUAAACAGAAUGGUGCUAUUAAGAUUGAUCUGUGAGUACUGGUGUUGCUUAUCAGGAGCAGAGCCGUCUAGUUAAUCAAGAUGCGUAAGAGUUGUGGAUUAAUUAGAGGAAAUCAUUAAACUUUUUUACGAUAACGAUAGUCGGAAGAGGAAACUGGUUCCCAGUGAAUGUAUUUGCUUGUAAAACUGUGUGUAGCUUGCUACUAUAUGUUUGUCAAUACACACAUUGAUAUUAAAUAUCAUGCAAAUGAAGCGGUCGACCAGCCUUCAAAUCGAGUGAAACGAAAUUGUGAACGAUUAUAUCGUGCUGAGAGAACAAAGAGAGAGACCAAACUUAAGCUCCUUCUAUGUAGGCACAAUGAGGAUGGUUCAAGCCGUCACUCCACACAUGGCUUCCCGGAGAAAGGGGAAAAUUGUCAACCUGGGAAGCGUUACAGUGAUGGGUCCCACCGCUUGGGCCGGCACAUAUACCGCAUCUAAAGCAGCAAUUCAUGCACUCACUGACACAUUGAGGCUGGAACUUAAGCCGCUGGGAAUCGACGUGAUCAAUGUCGUUCCAGGAGCCAUCAGAUCAAACAUCGGGAACUCCGCGUCAGCUAACUACAACAAGAUGCCCGAGUGGCAACUGUACAAACCAUUCGAGGCUGCGAUCAGGCAGAGGGCAUUCCUCUCCCAAAGCCUCAAAUCCACCCCUGCAGAAAAGUUCGCGAAAGAUACAGUAGCUGCCAUACUCAGAAAGGAUCCACCAGCAUGGUUCUCGUCGGGUCGUUACUCGACCAUUAUGGCCAUCAUGCACCAUCUCCCGCUUCGUAUCAGAGAUGCUAUCAUCAACCGAAUUUCACCUAUCAACAGCAGCACUACCUGAUAUUGAUGCCUCUCUACUGUGUAACCAUAUUCGCUUGCCUGUUUGUUUGACUCCUGUGCUAAACUAAUAAUCCUUCAAAAGAUUUGCAGUAAUAACACAUCUCUUCACACUUUGAGAAUCUAAUUUGCCACAUCCUACCAAUUCAGUUCAUCC